UUAAAAAUAUGGAAUACUUUAGAGGAAGACCCUCUUUUCCAAAGGUUCGACGAGGAGCCCACAACGCAAGAACAGAAACGGAUAGCGGCGCUGCAAUUACAGCAAUUUAGAAAAUACAAAUUUAUGCCUAUAAGCACCAACAAGGCAUUUGUUAAGGAUAGGGCAAGGUGUCUCAUGUCCAUAAAUGAAGCUCUCGCUGUAGUGUGUCCGGCUGUAUCAGUCAAACAGGCUAUUGGCGUCUAUCUUUUUCAAAAUACUUUGACAACACUAGGAACGGAAAGACAUCAGCAUAUAAUUGAGGAACUUUGGAAUCAACAGGUAGCACUUUCGGCUUUAGCUUUAACUGAAGUUGCACAUGGUAGUGAUGCUAAAAAUAUGAGGACUACAGCAACUUACGAUCAGGAAACUGAAGAGUUUGUUAUAAACACACCCGAUUUUCAGGCAGCCAAAUGUUGGGUAGGAAAUUUAGGAAAAACGUGUACUAUGGUAUUACUUUUUGCACAACUUUAUACAGGUGGUCAGUGUUUUGGUUUACAUGCAUUUGUAGUACCGGUGCGAGAUCCUAAAACACUUUUACCAUAUCCUGGAUUAAUAAUUGGCGACAUUGGUGAAAAAAUUGGUCUGAACGGUAUCGAUAACGGGUUUGUAAUGUUCCAGAAUUAUAGAAUUCCACGUCAGAAUUUAUUGAACAGAGUUGCCGAUGUAACAAAGGAUGGUGAUUAUGAAAGUAGUUUUACAGAACCUGGAAAACUUUUGGGGGCAGCUUUGGAAAAUUUGUCCGCUGGCCGCGUUGGGAUCAUGCAAGAAGGCUCGAAUAAUUUGAUUAAUGCAGUUACUAUCGCAGUGCGAUACGCUGCUUUGCGUACACAAUUUGGAUCUGACAAUGGCCCUGAGGUGCCUAUUAUCGAGUAUCAGUUACAUCAAUGGCGGCUGUUUCCGUAUGUAUCCGCCGCAGCUGUUCUGAAAAUAUUUACAACGUCCCUAACUGAUGAUUACUUAAACGCCGUUGAAAUGUCCAACACAGAUACGGCGAUAGAUAAUUUGAGGGAGAUGAUAUCAGAAAUACAUGCAAUAAUAUCAGCUACAAAGCCUUUGAUUACAUGGACUUGUUUGCACGCGAUCCAAGAGUGCAGAGAGGCAUGUGGUGGACAUGGAUAUUUGAAAGCUGCACGAUUUGGCGAUUUACGAAGCACGGUGGACCCGUGUGUUAGUUACGAGGGUGAUAAUAACGUUUUACUUCAACAAACAAGUAACUGGUUGCUGAGGCAAUGGUCUUCUGUAAUUAAUCACAAUACAACCCAUAGUCCCUUGAAAACAUGCUCUUUCUUAACAAAUUGCAACGAAAUUCUUUCUAAAAGAUUUGCGGGAUCUUCUGUUCGACAUGUGAAAACUGUGGCAUUCGUAACACAAACAUACGAAUGGUUAAUAACGUACCUACUUAAAAACACUCACCAAAAACAAAGCGAAUUGCUAACAACACAGUGUAAAUUUACCGCACGCAACAAUUCUCAAGUGUAUAAAGCUGCCCCUCUAUCUAAAGCAUAUGGAGAGUAUGUCGCGUUAAAAUAUUAUUGGAAUCACAUAAAUGAGCAUGUGGAGGCAGAUUUGCGGUCGAUUUUAGGUACCUUAGGCUUACUGUAUGGUUUAUCGUGUUUAGAUAAACAUUUGGUUUAUCUACUGCAGGGAAAUUAUGGUAACGGUUCAUUAGUGAACUACAUCCAAGAUGCGAUUUUGGAGUUAUGCAAUGAAAUGAAAAAGUGUGCGGUAUCGGUAACGGAUGCACUUGCCCCACCUGACUUUGUAAUAAACUCAGUUCUUGGAAAGGCCGAUGGAAAGUUGUAUGAUAAUAUUCAAGCAGAGUUUUUUAAUAAUCCCAAUGCUAUGUCGAGGCCUACCUGGUGGAGAGAAAUCAAACUUGAUGAUAAUCCAAACCUGAAGCUAAUGUCGAAGUUAUGAUAAGAUUAGAAUAACAACAUAGUUAAUUUUUGCUGCUGUGAUUACAUGCCUUUAAUGUACGUAAUUGUGAAGACAAUCCUUAAGUUAUAUUUGUAUAUUUUAUCUUCUUUGUGCACAGUUUUUGUUUAAUUACUUACAUAUAGGUACGUAAUACCUGCAUUGUACAAUCAAUUUCCAUAACUGCCAAGCACAAGUUCUUAAAGCGCAAGUGUGAUAUUCUAAUUGAAUUGAUUAUAUUGUCAAAUCCAAAGAAAUGUUAUUUGAUAUGUGUAUUACAUAUAUUUACUAAAUAAACUUUUAGUAUAA